CGAGGGUGUACGAGACGCAUAUCGGGUCGGAUCACACUUUUCAAUUCGGGUCACUAAUCGAACGGGCGAGAUGCAUCGAUGAUAAUCACCCACGCUAUUUAGAGAAGGAAAAUGAGAGUGAGGGUUUGUUGUUACUUUUGCUUUAACACAUUACACUCACACUCUUUGUGAAAAAGGGGAGUUUCUUAUUCUUUCUAGACGCUUCCAUUGAUCGGCGAUUUCUUAGACAUGGCGGAGCAUCACGAACACGAGGAAGUGAAGGGUGAGUCCUUGUUGGAGAAGAUUUCUGGGAAGAUCCACGACCACGAUUCGUCAUCUUCGUCGGAUUCCGACAACGAGAAAACCAGCGCUUCUGACUCCUUGAAGUCAAAGGUUUUCAGGCUUUUCGGCAGAGAAAAGCCCAUUCACCAUGUUCUUGGCGGCGGAAAACCGGCCGACGUUUUUCUCUGGAGAAACAAGAAGAUAUCUGCAUCGACACUCGGAGUUGCGACCGCUAUAUGGGUUCUGUUUGAAUUGCUUGAGUACCACCUCCUCACCUUGGUUUGCCACUUCCUGAUCCUUGGUCUUGCGGUGUUGUUCUUGUGGUCCAAUGCAUCCACUUUCAUCAACAAGAGUCCACCAAAGAUCCCACAAGUGCACAUUCCAGAGAAACCUGUUUUAGAAUUUGCCUCUGCUCUUAGAGUUGAGAUCAACCGGGCUUUUGCGUUGUUAAGGGAUAUUGCAUCUGGAAGGGAUCUCAAGAAGUUCUUAUCAGUGAUUGCUGGAUUAUGGGUUUUCUCUAUUUUGGGUAGCUGGGCCAACUUCUUGACCCUGUUCUACAUAGCUUUUGUUUUGCUGCACACUGUGCCUGUGCUUUAUGAGAAAUAUGAAGAUCAUGUAGACUCUUUUGGUGGGAAGGCAAUUGCCGAGAUUAAGAAGCAAUAUGCAGUGUUUGAUGCGAAGGUGUUGAGCAAGAUACCCAGAGGACCUUUGAAAGAUAAAAAGAAAGAUUGAAGUGGCACUAGAUUCUGACAAAUAUGUUUUAGUGGGGUUUCAUGAAUGUCCUGUUAAAUUUAGAUUCAUCAUCAGUUAAAACCCUAUCAUGUCAUAUUUUAUUUUUUUAGGGUCCUUUUACUAGACAUUGUGGAUGAAGAGUAUCUUGUAUAUUUUUCUUCUGGCUUUACAUGUACCUCUCAGAAAUCCUAUAUGCUUAUGGAUGACUUGUUAUUGUGUUGUAUUUACAUCAUGAAUACAUACUCUGCAUUUGAAUGCUUUCGUAGAA